CUCAGAGGUGAAGUCAGCUGGCUGCAGUUCGGUGUGUGCAGCAGCCAGGGUCAGCGUGAGAGGCAGCAGCGGCUGGGGCGAUGGGACCGGGAGCCCAGCUGCUUCCCUCCCUCCGUCGUUCAGUCUCAUAGCUGCCGUGUUUCAGCCAGCAUCAAAUACCAUGAGUCGCUGGGACUUGUCUGACUUCAGCCUGUGGAUUUCUACAGUUGAAGGGCACGUUCAAGCCACACUCCUGGGUCGGUGUGUGGAGUCUGCUGAGGACUUCUGAGGACUCCGGUGCUGCUCAGAAACCUCCCUUAAUUUACUGGGUUUAGCUCCGCCUCAGGAGCCGGGCCGUAAUGCUGGCGAUGCAGCGCCACAACGCCUCCGCCGGUCUCCCCGCUCCCGCGCUGAACCACUCCGACCAGAGGCUGCUGCUGCUGGAGGCCGUGUCUUCCAAUGGCACGCAUCCCCCCAGCUCGGCCACAGGCGCCGUGCUCUCCAUGACUCUGGGCAUGGUCUUCAACGUCACCGCCCUCAUCAUCCUGGCCAAGGCCUACAAGCGUUUCCGCCGACGCUCCAAAGCCACGUUCUUGCUCUUCGCCAGCUCGCUGGUGGCCACCGACCUGGCGGGUCACUUGAUCGCGGGAGCGCUGGUGCUGCGGAGAUACACGUCGGGCACUGGAGACCCCAGUCCUUGGGGGGAGACGGACGCCUCUUGCAUGUUCAUGGGCGGCUGCAUGGUGUUUUUCGGGCUGUGCCCUCUCUUCCUGGGCUGCGCCAUGGCGACCGAGCGCUGCAUGGGCGUGACCAGGCCUCUGCUGCACGCCCGCCUUGUGUCCACCGCCCGGACUAAGAUGGCGCUGGCCUUCAUCUGGCUGCUGGCCCUCGGCGUCUCCGUCCUUCCCUUCUUCAGCCUGGGAGCGUACACCUACCAGCACCCGGGGACCUGGUGCUUCAUCCGGGUGACGGAGGGCACCCGGGGCAUGGACCUCAUCUUUGUGGUCUUGUUCUCCUCACUGGCCUUCAGCUCCAUGGCCAUGGCGCUGGUCUGCAACACCAUCAGCGGGAUCACCCUGGUCAAAGCCCGGCUCACGAAGACCGCCCAGCGCUGCUCGGCCAGGUCACAUGACACGGAGAUGGUGGUGCAGCUGCUGGGGAUCAUGGUGGCCUGCUGCAUCUGCUGGGGACCCCUGCUGGUCCUGGGGCUGAUGUUGGCCACCUCGUCCUACAGAGGGACCCUGGGCAACAACAGAGAGAACUACAAAACCCUGAUGUUAACCUUUGUCAGGAUGGCGUCGUGCAACCAGAUCCUGGACCCCUGGGUCUACAUCCUGCUGCGCCGAGCCGUCCUGCAGAAGAUCUACCGCAUCACCAAGAAGCAGGCCAGUUUCAAGAGGAGCACCCUCCGCUCGCUGCGCCUGGACCUCAGCUCCCUGCAGGGCUCAGACAAGAGCAACAAAAUCGCUCAUCAAAGCCCCUGAACACGAGCAGCGGUUGGAUGAACUCUGGGACCGGAAAGUGAGAAUUCAACUGAACCCAUGAAGUAUUUCAAGGCAGCUCAAGUGAUUCUAAGUUUGUUUUAAAAAAUGAAAAUCCAGAGUUCAGAUGCUGAUCCUGAGGUCUGACUGUGGAUGGAAGGCCAGAUACUGUUGUGUAAAUAAAGAGUGCAACACAGUGCAGUCUUUUGUCUACAGAAAUGGAGCAGUCCAACUGAAAAAGGUGGUUGUUGGGAGGAAGGAGAAGAUCAGGAGGACAGGAAGGUGAAGGAGGUGUUGGUGGGAAGAAGGAGGACAGCAAGCCGUCCUCCCCCUGGUGGUGAAGCUGCAGAGCUGCGUGGCAGCGCUCGCCUUGACCUCUGUGGAAGCUGCAGAAUCACUUGCAGUCACAGCUGCGAGGAACUGUUUGUAGUGGUGAAGCAGGGCUGGUUUAAAUGUCCUCAACAUCUCCGUCCCAACCAGAGGGCCUGGAGGAUGUUCCUGUUAGCUGAACAAUGAGAGGAGAGUGUUUACUGAUGUGGGAUGAAGGAGGCCUCAGGGAGACCAUUCACUGUUCCUUUAAUCUUAUCUCAUCAUGGACGCGGUCUCUCUACUCGCUUGAGUUCAGUGGAAGAACUCAACAGUGUUGGUGACACAAGAUUGACCAAACAUCCUCUUGUUGAGGUACCGAGCACGGCUGUUGACAUUGAGUCUCUGACGUGAAUUUCGUCUGCAUGAGCGUCAAUAGUCAAUAUUUGAAGUGUCAAUCUUCAAGGCACACUCUUGGAUGUGUUUGCUGGAAACUUUUCUAAUUGUAUUCAGUCAAGUGGAAGGCAAAAGGUAAAGAGGAAACAGGUUGACUAGGUUUUACCGCUAAAAACCUCUGAGGGGAUGUAAUGUCAUCGACACCAGACUAAGGCUCAGUGAGAAUACAUGACGGGUUCUGCAGAAUGGCUUGUUUACCCUCUCAUUUUAUUGCCUGUCCUUUGUUCCCCAAGCUGUAAA